AAGUACCCUGUAAACAUGCAGUGGUUGGGCCAACCACGGAAAAUUGUCAUAGGAAAAUCGUUGUUGGGCCAUGGUUGGCCCAACUCUAAUUAACAUGUACUAUAAAUGCAGUUGUUGGCCCAACGUCGAACCAACCAUAAGUUAACGCCAGCGACAUUUCUGCAUUGGCCCAAUAACGAUAAAUAUGUACUUUAAAACAGAUGUUGGGCCAACGUUUGACCAACGAUACAUUUUCGUCAAAUAUAUUAAUUACUGCACCUGAACCAAAAUUUAUUUUUUUAAAGACAGAUAUACAUGUAGAUAUUUUACUGUAUAUAAACAGUACAAUACAAUGAGUAAAGACUAAAGUUUAUAAUGUUUUUUUUUGAAGCCAUGUUCAAUAUUGUCACAUUCAAGAAAUACUCAUAUAUUAAAUGAGAAAUGUAAGAAAUAAUUACUUUUUGAUUCUAGAAAUGACCAAAGCCCAGGCUAUGCAGUAGUAGGGGAUAUAUGUAUCAAUAGAUCUAUAGAAAUCUUUAAGAUCUGAUGUAUAAUCUAAAGCAAUUAUACAUGUGCUGGAAUAACCAUAAUAAACCUCCGGAAUCUUCCACUCUGAACUCUAAUUAACCUCUGGUUAUGUUAUCAAUGAAUGAAAAUGGGAUCAUUUUGGCACUACCCAUCCUUUCCCUCGCUUGAUUUCGAAGCUGCGUGGACGUGUUUACAGAUAGAUCUAAAUAAAUUUGUAUUAGACUGCAAUUUCUCAACACUGAAAAAUGUAAGUAGAUCUAGAGUUUUUUACUUUAAUCUUUUAAAUAAACCCUUCUAAUAUAGUAAUGUAUUUCAACCUGUUUUAAAACCUUGUUAUACUAUCCACGUGACCAGGUCAUGUGAUUAAUACAAAAUGGCGGAUUGGUAAAGGAAAAUACUUUGAUGUUUUCAGACAGCAAAUUUAUGUCUAAUUGGAAGAGCAUUGUUCGCCAUGUUAUGUCUCACACCUUGUCUCAGGAAGUUGCCCUAGAAUACAACUGGGUUGGAAAAGGCUCGAAAAGACUAUUCGAAAAACUUAGACUUAAAAAAGUCAUAUUAGAUGCUGUAAGAGGAAGAAGACAGGGGUCUACUAAUAAUGAAAUCGAGAAGGCAAUGAAGGAGUGGCUAAGAUAUGCUAAGGAUAGGGAAGGCGGGCGGAGGAAGAGAUUGACUAAAAAGUUGCAACAACAAAGAGAAGAAAAUGAAAAUGAUAUGUGAACAACAUUUAGUAAUAAAUUGUAGUAAUUAGUAUAUAUUUUGUUCUUUUAUGAAAACAAGGCAUUGGGCCAACAAAGGGCCAAUGUUUAUUGUAGGAAACCAGUCAGUGGGCCAACGGGGGGCCAACAAGAAGAAGGGAAACCAGUUGUUGGGCCAACAGAGGGCCAACGAUAGGAAGGAAAACCAGUCAUUGGGCCAAUGGAGGGCCAACGAUAAGAGUAGGAAAGCAGUCGUUGGGCCAACCAUAUACCAACCGUUGGCCCAACGUUGCCCCAAUUAGCAAAUUGACAUUGGGCCAACGUUGGCAUUAUGUGUUGGGCCAACAAAGCAAAUGUAAUUGGCCCAACGUUGGGCCAACUACUGUCUGCUAUCUGGGUAGAC